ACUUUCAGCCCCUGUAUGGGGGUCGACCACGCAACCCACCGAGCCACGGGAUGCUCUCUUUCAGAAAUGAAGACCCUCCUCCAUAUAACGAUGAGAGAUCAGGUCCCCACACUGCUUCAUCAUGUGAGAGCAACAGUUCAAUGUCAGGAGAUACCUUCAACAUAAUUUUGCUGGGAGUAACUGGGACUGGAAAGAGUGCAUCUGGAAACACCAUCCUGACUGCUAUGAACAUCUGGCGGGAACCAAGGCAACUUUUUGAAUCCCGGCCGAGCUUCACAACUGUCACCACCAAGUGUCAGUUCAAAAUGAUGGACAGUCUUUUCGGCAGGGAUGUUAGAGUUGUCGACACCCCAGAUUUCUUGAAUGAUGAAAUAAACGAUCAGGCACAAGUAGAGGAGUGUAAGAAGUACUGUCAGUCAGGGCACUAUGUGGUGUUACUGGUGAUACAGAUGGGCCGGUUUACAGAAGGUGAGAAGGGAAUGUUAGAGAGGCUGGAGAAGAAGCUUGACUGCAGGAUCAGGAAGAACACAAUCGUCCUGCUGACACAUGGAGAGAAAGCAAAAGACAAUGUUCAGAGUUUCAUAAAUGAACGGUCUCACCUCAGGUACAUUGUGAAUGAAUGUGGAAAUCGCUGCCAUGUAUUCAAAAACAACUCCAAGAACCCUAAACAGGUCAUGGAGCUCUUCAAGAAAAUUCCAGAUUAUGAAACAAUGUUCCCAGAGUUCACAGAAAAACAAUCAUCCACAGACUGCCGUGUGGGUUAACUUGAUUCAGACUGAACUUCCAAAUAACAAACUGCUUCCAGCCUCCGUGUACCAGUCUGUGCAAUGUCUGAAGC